GUGUAGCUUAAAAUAUGUAAAACUAUAUUAAAUUGGUGGAUUUAUUUGUUUAAUUUUGUUCGAAAUUAAUAUAUGCGAAAUAAUACCGUGGCUAUAAAAAUACCAAACAGCUGUUUUUGGCGUAUGAUUGCGUGUGCUGUUAUGUUUUUUGCAUUUGCUUACGUGCGGCCACAUUGCUAGCUUACUUCAACGUGUUAGAAUGGGUGGAAAAACGAAACAAGCGCCUCGCGUUAAAAACAAUGCAAAGCCGUCGAGCAGCAGCCGUACCGCGGAACUGUUGGGCACAACAACGCCCAUAUUCGUCGGAUUCUCGGCUCAAGCUGAUGGCAAUUUGGUGCCCUUUGCUCCUGGCUUCGCCAGCGCCGAACAAAUGCCAGAGACAUUCGAUGCCAACAUAAGUCCACAGACCCAAAUCAUACUACGUAAGCUAUCCAAAAAGGAUCCACUGACAAAGAAGAAGGCGCUGCAGGAGCUGCAUGAGCUCAUAUCAGAAUCCAAUUUGGAUGCACUCAAAAAUAUUUUGCCUUUGUGGCCAAAAUUCUAUCACAAUCUGGCGAAUGACGUAGAACAUGCGGUGCGUGAGCAAACACAGACCGUACAACAGUUGCUUGUCUCCAAAUGCAAACGAGCCAUGGCCCCAUAUCUUAAGCAAUUGGUGCCCGUUUGGCUGGCCAGUCGCUACGACAGCUAUGCGCCCGCAGCGAGCAUUGCGAGGAAUUCAUUUCGUGAGACCUUUGCACGCUCCGGCGAAGUGUGCCUGCAUUGCGAAAGUGAAAUAAUUGAGUACUGCGUGCGCAAUUUGACCUUCCACACGCCGUCCACGCUGUCCAUAGGCAAAAGCCUGAAGCCAGAGGAGGCAGAGCAAAAGUAUCAACGCGUUGUCAUUGGCAGUUUAAAGGUGCUAGCUUACUUUAUCGAGCAAACGGCACAGACAGCGCAGGAGAAGCUAAAGGAAGGCUUAGUCACGCUGCUGGCUCAUCAAAAGUUCUGGACAUUUGCCAAGCACAAGCUGCCCGCCAUUAAAGCUGCUUGGUUCGAUUGCAUCUAUCAUGUACUGCAAUGUGCUCAAUUGCUGGAAGUGCUCACGCCUCAAAAAUCGCAGUUAACUACCACCAGCUUUCAGUUAAUCGACGAUGCCGAUCCACUGGUCGCACCACACGUUUGGGGCUGCGUCUUGCUGUUGCAGAGUAACUAUACGGAUUGGUACUCUCCGCUCAACAUACGCAAAGCCCUGCUGCCGAAGCUCUCUUCGCUGCUGCGCAAUGCCUUCAAUGGUAAUGCUCAGGCAAUUUGUCCGAAUCUGUUGCCGUUUCUAUCGAAAAUUACUGCCGAAAGCUUGCAGGACUUGGACCUUUAUGAAUUCUAUCAGCGCUUCUUCGAUGACCUAAAAUCAGCAGCCGUGAACCCUCAUGAGCCGCCGCUCUGCAAACAAGAGAUCUCCAUCAUACACAAUGCGUACUUUGAAUGUUUGCGCUUUAUGCUGCAACAGAUCAACAAUAAUGCACAGCGUACUCCUGAAAUAGAGGACUUUGGCUAUGGGCUGCUGGAACACCAGAUAUUGGAGCCCAUUGGCAACUUGCUGCACAGCGAAAGUAUUCAUGUCAAGUACUUCUUCCAACAUACGUCAGCGUUGGUUGCGUUCUGGGAUCGUGAGUGCAAUAGUAAUGCGGAUAAGAGCGCCUGCUCCUUAUAUGUGCAACUGCUAAGCAAGUUCUGGACGCGCAUCUUUGAGCUGGUUACCCAAGAUCUCGCAGCGGAGGAUGUCAAUGAGCAGCUGCUGUCCCAUGUGCUGCUGUUGGUGCAGGAUCUGCAUGUCGCCAAUCCCAGCUUGGAAACACAAAGUGUUAAGUUUGCCGAGGCAGAUGAGGAAGCAACUGCUGCAGAGCCGACUUCCCAGCAGUCGACGCCCACCAAAAAGGCCCACGAUGCGGCCGCCUUCAUACAGAAAGAACUCAAACAGUUGGUUGUGAAACUCGUGCGCAUUUGCCUAGAUAAGGCGAGCAACAGCAGCAACUCUGCUCGCUUCAUUAGACAAGUGCGAACGCUGACCAAAAUGUUUGCAGACGCUGACUUCUACAAGAGUUUGACCGAAGAAGGCGAGCUGCGUGCUACACUGGAUAAAUUUGUAUCGAUUCUGGAACAGUUAAAUGGAGAUACCUGUGAGUCGGUUGUGGAUAUUGUCUUUGAGAUUCUGUCGAUGCUCGACCCUGGGCCGCGCUUCGAGUAUAUUGGUGACACUCUGCUGAAAAUUCAACAACAGCGCGUACAGAAUUUACUGCUGCAUCGCCUGCUCUCGUAUCCCCUAUGCACCGAGCCUGCCGUGCGGCAAAUGCUCGUCAGCUCGGAGACAUGCGAGGUAAUCACACGCAUUGCCAAAGAGGUGGUGCUGGAUAACGAUCGGGAUAAGUUGAAUUUGCUCCACAAGUGCUUCUUUCAAACGGACACGGGUGAUAUUCUAAUAAAUGCAGCCACUGUGGACAAUAUACUGCUGGCCAUGUGCGAGCCAUUGAAUAAGAUAGCCGAGAACGAUAUGGUCGAGGUGUGCGGCAGUUUUAUAGCUCAGAUAAUGCCUGUCAUAUGCAGCAAGGUGAACUCAUCGCUGGCCGUGCGGCAGCAGGUGUUCUUGAAGCUGUUCAAGUUUAGCCUGGAGCAGAAAGUUAGUGAUUACCUGUCGGAGGACACGCUGUGGGAGAUAACCACCUGCUGGCAGGAUGCACUGUCCAGCAAGGACAUCGAAAUCAACGACGAGCUGCUGCACAGCUGUGCGCGCAUCGUGGAGGAACUAGUAACGAAUGCCGAGCACGAUGCCAACAGCUUGCAAGACAUGGCCGAGACAAUGGCCAAAUUUAUCAUCUGCUCCACGGAGAACAUUGAGGAUGAGACACAACGGCUGUCGCGCAUAGACGAGACCUUGGUGGCGUUGCUUACCUCUGAGCUAAAGACAAAUGAGCUUGUGCUGCAAUUCGAACAUAAUUCUGUUUAUUUGGAGACAGUGCACAGAUCACUUAGCGCUGGCAUUCCCUUCAGCAGUGCAGGCUUUGAUGAAGCCAAGGUCAUCCCACUGGUAAAACGAGCCACCCUCAAUUUCACCACAAUCUGCAAGCUGGUUUGCCGCGUUGAGAGUCCACAGAUGACGGAAGUCUCCAACGAAGGCGAGGAUGAGCUCACCGAAGACUAUUGUGAUCCCAAUGCCAAUCUGCUGAAGCAAUGGAGCGAGUGCCUCAUUGCUGAGAUGUUGCAGUGCAUGCAUGUGGCCUCUGCUGCCGAUGCCUGGCUAGAUCUCGCCGAAAACGUAGACGACGCCAGUGAGGAUCUGGUGCUCUAUCUGUCCGAGCAGGUGUGCAGCUUUCUGGGGAACGUCAGUGAGUUGGUAGAAAUCAUACAGGAACGGCUGCAGCAGGAGGCGUUGCAGGAAAAUAACGCCAUAAUCUAUCGUCUGUUGGGCUAUUUGAUUAACACUGCUCAUUACAAGUCGUUUGAGGAGAACGCCACGAUUGUUCUGCACGAAGAUCUCGCCGAACAGUUUCUGUCGAAAGGCGCAAUUAACGCUUAUGUCCUAAUGAUGCAGCAUUUGCUGCCGAAACUGGCGCAAAACUCACUCAACUGGAGUAGCACCAUCAUGCGCACGGAACCCAAGGAUGUGUGGUCAAAAGCAGCUGUCUUCCGCUCUGUGAUACUCAAUAAUUUCGAGUCUGAUAGGAAUAUGCAAACGGAUCGCAAUUAUGUUGCUGCUGUGGUCCAGUAUAUAACUUACAUUGGGGAUCAGCAGAGCUCAACGAAAGAGCUGUUCCACCAUAAUGUCGAAUUACUUAAUCAACCAUAUGAGGCAGUGAUAGGCACUGUGGAAAUUAUUAAGCUGCUCGAAGAGGUCAUACGACGCUUUCCCUAUGAGCUGACCAUUAAGAACUGGGAUACCAUACGCAUUGGCCUUGGAUCCUGGGUGCUUACAGUUUCCAAAUCGAUAGCAAAUUACAAAGACCCAAAGACAUCCUUCUUCAUUGUGGCUGUGUUUAAACUAUUUUCUAAGCUCAGUGAUUUCGUACAAUUCGAGAAGGAGAAGAGCUCAACACAAAUGCUUACGAAUAUGAUUGAGGAGUGGGAGAGCCUGUUUGCCAGGGAGGUGAAUGUGGUGCUCUUCAAGUCCUACUAUAAGCUGACUCACGAGACAGAUGUGGAGCCAGAAUUCCGUGCCUGCUACAGGGCGUUGUUGAACCGCAUAAUUCCUGCGCUGGAACUGAUGGACUAUAGAUAUAUUUAUGAGUUUUGCAAGGCGCCCAACUCAUCGCUGUCUCUGGAUCAUCUCUGCAAUUUCCUGCUCAAGCAGCUACACAGCUGCCAGCACUCCGUUCGCAUGAAUGCAGUUCACGCGCUUCGGCAGCUGACGCCACAGUUCGUGGCCGACGACAUUGAGCUAAAUGAUAAGCAAAGCGAUAAUAUUGAGGCUGCCUCUUCGACCAUAUCGAAGUGGCAUUUCCUCAAUCGCUUUGAGGAUUACCUGAAUCGAUAUGAUGCACUCAUACGCAAAUAUUUGCUAGAGUUCAACUUUAAGGUGACCGAACUGGAGGAUCUGGAGCCAAUCGAUAGACACGAUGCCUUUAGCUAUUUGCUAAUCUGGGACUGUAUAAUAAAUUGCUGCGCCAAGUCGCCAGUCGCAUUGCGCUCUGUCUACACGAGCUGGCUGAACGAGAAUCAUUACGAGGAGAAUUUUCUACAUUUCCUGUUUCGUGCCAUGCCAGUGGACAUAUUGAAGAAUCAUAGCGCCAAAGUACACAGCAAUGGUGUUUUCAAAGAGUUAACUUGGAUUGAGCUGCAGAAUCCCCGCCUGUCAGUGGAACGAUAUGCCUGCCAUCUGUAUACGGAAGUGUUGCGCAAGUUGCCCGCCGUGGUGCGCAAAUGGUGGAACACCAGCCAAUCCAGACAGAAGAACUUUGUGGACAAUCUAACAUCGAACUAUGUGAGCUCUCUGAUCUGCACCGAGGAGCUGAAGGCAAUCGUUAAUCGCAAGGAAAAACACGAGAACAUGCAGGUCACUGUGCACACGUCCACUCGAGAGGUCUUGGCCGUCUAUGCCAUUGACGAGGCACGCAUGGAGCUGGUCAUUACGCUGGCGCCCAACUAUCCGCUCGGCGCCGUUAAAGUCGAGUGCGGCAAGCAGAUUGGUGGUCGGGCCAAUUCACGCAAUGUUGGCAUGCAGCUGACCAUCUUUUUGACGCAUCAGAAUGGCACGAUUAAUGACGGUCUCACGAUGUGGAAAAACAAUUUGGAUAAGAAAUUCGAGGGCGUGGAGGAGUGUUAUGUUUGCUAUACGGUCAUACACCAGGACACCUGCCAGCUGCCCAAAUUGACGUGCAAGACAUGCAAAAAGAAGUUUCACGGACCCUGUUUGUACAAAUGGUUCACCACCAGCAGCAAAUCCACCUGUCCAAUUUGCCGUAACGUCUUCUAGAGCAUCUGCUUCUCUGCUACACUUUUUGGCGACACGUAUUAAUCUAGGCACAAGAGAAACAUUGCUGUUAGUCAGCUGUCAAAUUUUUCGGGCUCUAUCUGUAAAUCAGUAACAAUAAAUUCGCAAUAGUUUUAAAUUACAUAAUUGUUAUUAUUAUUAUAAGUAAAGGUCGAGUAAUAUCAACAUCUCAUCAACCUAGUAGGCCAUGCUGGCAACGAAACUGUUUGCCCACUGAUGUAAUAAUUUUCUUAUAUUACUCUCGAUAUUUGACACGCUCAGACCUAAAAGCGACCGGAACAAUUUUUCAAAUCAUAAAAUUCGUGUGAAUAUUUUUUCUUUGUCUCUCUCAUAAAAAUGGCUAAGCAAAUGAAGAUAAUCGGCAGUUGCCCGUUUUGUCAACGUGAGGUUGGCAGCGAUAUGCGUCCCAUUAACCAACUGAAUAUGGAGCACAUCAAUAUACUGGCCAACGAGCUCAAGGAUCUUCAGCCAGCCGCAUCGAAUGAGUGCCAAAAAAGUCACCAUAGCACGACUGCAACAAUGGGUUCCAAUACCGAAUCGAAUGAGGCCAAAUCUGUAUCACUUCUAACGGAAGCUAUGCUGAACAUGGUUAAGGAGGAGUUUGAGCGUCCUGCAGGCGCUGAGCGUCAAAUACCUGGGGAUCAUGCUGAGCUCAUUCUGGCCAUGCUCUCCGAGGAGCAGAAUUCCUAUGAUAAAUUUUUGCAGAAUGAAAGCUCUAGGUCCGUUCCAAAGCGCUCCAGGAAGUAAUAGUGCUAGCAAAGCAACUAAAAUCCCCCCUCAACUCAAUUCACAAAAUUUACAGUCUGUGCUGAUCCUCUUUCCAUGUUGAAUACCGCUGUUAUUGUGAGACGCUGAGCCGUCAUUAAAUAUAAUUUUCAUAGUCGUUUGAUUAAA